UUACAUUUUAAAAUGGUUUAGUGUGUCGGAGUACAAAGAACAGCAUUUUAUUUGCCUUACUGCAAACAUGGCCGUAAUGUGGCCGAAAUGUUAGAAAAGAGUCAAAAUAUACUCCUAAGUCACGAACAGUCUGGACUCGGGCUAUAUUUUUAUAAGGUUUAACCCUAAAGUAUGUACAACUGGAUAGAUAACUACUUUUAAUUACAUCUCUAUACCUACGUAAAGUUCGUUUGACGUUUAUAUGACACCUUGACAACACGUCGAAAAUGGCUGACUCGGGGCCUACAAAGAGCGAUAUUGAAGCAAUUUUCCAGAGGUUGCGGUCAAUUCCAGCGAAUAAAGUAUGCUUCGACUGCAACGCGAAGAACCCUACGUGGUCGUCGGUGACGUACGGGGUGUUCAUCUGUCUGGACUGCUCGGCGGUGCACCGUGGGCUUGGCGUGCACAUUUCGUUCGUGCGGUCCACUCAGCUCGACACCAAUUGGACUUGGAAGCAGCUUCGCAACAUGCAGCUCGGCGGAAACUGCAACGCGACACAGUUCUUCCGAUCACACGGGCUGGCAACAGAGGAUGCACGACAGAAAUACAGUUCGCGUGUGGCACAAAUGUACCGCGACAAACUCAACGUGCUUGCUGAUCAAGCCAUGAAAACUUAUGGCACCAAGGUACUCACUAUGCAUGCUCUCAGGGAAAGGAAUAAAGUAGUCCUGUGCUGAGUUCCAGGUAGUCUGAUGUCACACAGGAUGGGCACAGAGAAAAGAGUGUAGAUUCUGCCAUGAGGCAGAUGAAACUCCUGUUGGUCUUCUCACAUAUGCUAACCCCCUAAGCGCCCAGUUACAUGAGGCAAAAGGUUGUCGCCCAAUUACCACCCCUUCAUGUACAUUAAUGGUGAAUCUGAAUUCUAUUUACUAGGCAACAAUAUUUAAAUUCCUCUGAAUAUUACAACAGCCACACGGGUCGCCGCUUAGACCAAAUUCAAGCCGGACUCGCCUGAGUGACCGUGAUGCUCAUUUAAGUUAAAAUGUAAAAGCUAAACAAAUAGAGCGUAUUUUACCAUGGCAGUGGCGACCGCACGGCCGCCAUGCGGGGUGAGCGUGAUGAAAUACGUGUCAAAUAAAUGCGCCCUAAUGUGUGUACAAAGCACCAUACUGGGAAGACACAUGCCACAAUCAGAGGACAUAAAUCUUUCAGAAUCAGGAAAGUCCUUCAGUUCUUCAAUGCUGUCAGCAUUGGCUCCGAACUGUAAUUAGUGGUGAUCACAAAAGAUCAGCUGUUGGUCGCAGUGGUCCUUAUCACACCAAGCAACCCUAAUAACAAUAAU